AGUUGCGUUUCGUCUUUGCCGCUGCGCGCACAACACACACGGCUCAAAAACUGUAAACAUAACGCGGCCCGUGAAUCAGACAACGCCUAACAAGAUACAAAUAUAGUGCUAUAUAUAGUUAUAUAUAAUAUAUAUGAAAAUAUAUUUUCUUGUGCAAAGUUAGGGCAAGUAAAUUAUUCAAAAUUGCCAAUCAAACGAUGAGCGCACGCUCGGUGUCGCCCAAGGUGCUGCUAGACAUUAGCUACAAGCCAACGUUGCCCAACAUAAUGGAGCUUCAGCAUAAUGUCAUCAAGCUCAUACAGGUGGAGCAGCACGCCUAUAUGCAGCUAAUGGAGCAGCCAACAGCCCACUACAUGCAACAGCAACAGCAGCAACACCAACAGCAGCAGCAGCAGCACCAGCAGCAGCAACAACAGCAACAGCAAUAUGCGCCGCUGCCUUCGCUGGCGCCUAAUGCUGCGGAUUAUGCGGCCUACGGCAUUACAGAACUUGAGGAUACGGAUUAUAAUAUACCCAGCAACGAGGUGCUCAGCACCAGCAGUAAUCACAGCGCUCAAAGCAGCCUGGAGCUGAACAACAACCAACAUAACUUUGAGCAGCAGCAACAGCAACAGCAGCAGCAACAGCAGCAGCAGACAGCGACUCCAGCAGGCGUGGCAACUUCAGCCCAGCCCCCACAUGGCUACAUGCUCAAUGAGCAUGGCAAGCGGUCGCGCAGCAGCAGCGACUACGAUUGCCAAACGGAUGCGCUGUCCAUGCAACCGGAGCACAAGAAACUGUUGCAGCAACAGCAGCAGCAACAGCAGCAGCAGCAGCAGCAACAGCAACAGCUCUAUGUGGACUAUUUGCCCACCACCGUGGAUGAGGUGGCCGCAGCGCAGACGCAGGCGCAAGCGCCCACACAGCAAAGCGCCUGCCUCUCGCCCCACUCUCACUCCCACUCGCAUUUCGACUUUGCUGCCGACGAGGAGCUGCAGGAUCACAAGGCGCACAUUUUCAAAUACGGCGGAUAUCCGCAGACAAUUGCCCACCAGCAGCAGCAACAGCAGCAGCAACAGCAGCAGCAACAGCUGCACUUUCAGAGCAGUUAUAGAACCGGUCAGAACUAUGAGGCCUAUGAUCCAGCGAAUAGUCUGAACGGCAGCACAUACUCCAGCUCCGAUCGCGAUGACAUGGAAUAUGCGCGCCAAACGGCGCUCAGCUCCGUGGGCGGCUAUGCCAAGGAGGAUGAGCUGGAGGAUAUGUCGCCCACGUGCCUGGGCGACGAUAGCAGCCUGCUGGAUGCUGGCGAUGCGGCCGGCAAGGCGUUUCGCAAGCCGCGACGCCGCCUGAAACGCAAGCCAAGCAAAACGGAGGAAACGGACGAGUUCAGCAACCAGCGGGUCAUGGCCAAUGUGCGGGAGCGACAGCGCACCCAGAGCCUGAACGAUGCAUUCAAGGCACUGCAACAGAUAAUACCCACACUGCCGAGCGAUAAGCUGAGCAAAAUACAAACGCUCAAGCUGGCCACAAGAUAUAUUGAUUUCCUCUGCCGCAUGCUAAGCUCCAGCGAUAUAUCGCUGCUGAAAGCGCUGGAGGCGCAAUCGUCGCCAGUAUCGCCCGGUUAUGGGAAUGCCAGCACCCUGCUCAGUGCCGCCAAUGGGGCCGAGGCUGAUCUCAAGUGUCUGCGCAAGGCAAAUGGAGCACCGAUUAUACCGCCCGAGAAGCUGAGCUAUUUAUUUGGUGUGUGGCGCAUGGAGGGUGAUGCGCAGCAUCAAAAGGCUUAGGCGAGCAUGAGGAGGAGGUGGCGACGGCGGAGGCGGAGGUGGAGGUGGAGGAGGGGGAGGAGUGUCGAUUGCCAUUGGGGCUUCCAGUUACUGAACAAUAAUGCACACAGCGUGAAUAAUUCCAAUGCGAGUGCUCGCGAGCACUUGCAGCUCUUUCCAUAUCUUAUAGAUGACUAAGCUAAAACAUUAUUUAAAGAAACAAAUCAACAACAACAACAGCAACAACAAAUGAAAAACUAAAAAUAUAAGAAAAACAAAUAUUGUUUAGGUAUAAUUUUAUGUCUAGCGCUAACUAAAUUAAAUUGUAUAAAUUAAACAAA